AUGAAACCCGACUUUACUUUUGUUGGGUUCUCCAGUGCACAAAACAUCAAAUUUCUCUUGUUUUCAAUAUUUUUAAUCAUUUAUAUUGUGACUGUUACUGUAAAUUCCCUGAUAAUACUGAUAGUAAAAAUGACUCCGACCUUACAUACCCCUAUGUAUAUGUUUAUCGCCAGCCUUUCAUUACUGGAGAUCUGCUACGUGACCGUUACAAUACCCAACAUGUUGUCCAUCUUCAUAGUCAAAUGCAAAAGAAUCUCUUUUGCAGGAUGCAUGACUCAACUCUACGUCUUCUUCACACUUGGAUCAUCCGAAUGCGUUCUCCUAACAGUAAUGGCUUGUGAUCGAUACCUUGCAAUCUGUAAUCCGCUGAGAUAUUCCUCUUUGAUGACAACAAGAGCGUGCCUGUAUUUAGUGACGAUCAGUUUUCUAUGUGGGUUGUGUGCCGCGGUAUUCACAAUGGCGUUUAUGGCCGUGAUACCCUAUUGUGGAUCCAACCAAAUCAAUCAUUUCUUUUGUGAUUAUCCAGCCAUCUUGCCAUUAGCCUGUGCUGACAGCGCCACAAAAGAAAAAUUGUUCUACACUGUGCCUUGGUAUCUCGUGAUGACAUGCUUUUUUGUUAUCGUGGCUUCCUACAUUUCCAUUGUUUCUACUAUAAAGCAUUCAAAGGAGGGUUAUCAAAGAAAAGCGUUUUCCACCUGCGUGUCUCAUCUCACUGUUGUGAUUAUAUUCUAUGGAUCUGUUAUUUUCAUUUAUUUUAGACCAAAGGGAACCUAUGACCUAAACAGGGAUAAAGUGGUUUCGAUGGUUUAUUCAAUGGUAACCCCCCUAAUAAAUCCUAUGAUAUACUCUCUGAGAAACAAGGAGUUUCAAAAAGCGUUUGUAAACUUAUUAUUGAGGAAGAUAUUUUAG